UUGCCUGAAAUAAACAAUCACUAGUAAAAGAAACACCUAAGGGUUCUGUUCUACAACAUGGAACGUUGGCAAAAUAAAGUAGCUGUAGUAACGGGAGCCAGUUCAGGUAUUGGUGCUGCCAUUGUUAAGGAUUUGGUGGCGGCAGGAGUUCAAGUUAUCGGCCUGGCCAGGCGUCAAGAAAAAAUUGAAGAAAUAAUUGCAGGGCUACCGCAAGAAAAACGUUCGCUAUUGACAGCCCUUAAAUGUGAUGUCUCAAAUUUGGAAUCGGUUAACAAGGCUUUCGAUGAAAUUAUUACCAAAUUUGGUGGGGUUGACAUUUUAGUAAAUAACGCCGGUUGCAUAAAAACAGGACAGAUGGUGUCCAUGGAUCCCCAGCUUAUUCAAAGUGUAUUACAAACGAAUGUCAUGGGUGUGGUCUAUUGCACCCAGCGGGCCUUUAAAUCCUUGAAGGAACGUAAUGUCAACGGCCAUGUUGUCCUUAUUAACAGCAUAUGUGGUCAUAAAGUGAUAGCUGGCCCACCAGACUCAGCACCAGUGUCAAACAUAUAUACGCCCAGCAAAUAUGCCAUCACUGCCAUAACAGAAAUCUAUAGACAAGAAUUCUAUGGUUUGGGUACCAAGACCAAAGUUACAAGCAUAAGCCCGGGUGUAGUGGAUACUGAAAUAUUGUCAGAUGAGCACCGCAAAUGGAUAGAAGAUCGCAUUUUGAGUCCACACGAUAUUUCAAAUGCUGUCUUAUAUACAUUGUCCACACCGCCCCAUGUACAAAUCCAUGAAAUGAUCAUUAAGCCAGUGGGGGAACUUUUUUAA